ACAUGGAGAAAAUGGCUCUUCAGGAGCAGCUGCAGGCGGAGAUGGAUCUGUGCGCUGAGGCCGACGAGAUGAGGAACCGCCUGGUGGCCAAGAAGCAGGAGCUGGAGGAGAUCCUGCACGACCUGGAGGCCCGCGUGGAGGAGGAAGAGGAGCGAGCCAAUCACCUGCAGGGCGAGAAGAAGAAGAUGCAGCAGAACAUCGCCGAUCUGGAGCAGCAGCUGGACGAGGAGGAGGCAGCGCGGCAGAAGCUGCAGCUGGAGAAGGUCACGCUGGAGGCCAAACUCAAGAAAACCGAAGAGGACGUGAUGGUGCUGGACGACCAGAACAACAAACUCUCCAAGGAGAAGAAACUCAUGGAAGAACGAGUCGCUGAGUUCACAACGAACCUGGCCGAGGAGGAGGAGAAGUCCAAGAGCCUGCAGAAACUCAAGAACAAACAUGAGACCAUGAUCACCGACCUGGAGGGUGAGCAAAAAAUACAUUACGCUUUAUCCUGCUGUAGAGUAUCUGGUCAAUACAAUCAUCGUUAA